AUGAGCAAACAACGUGUCGCUCUCCUCGGAGCUCUUCUCCUCGCAGUUGUUUCUAACAGUUAUGCAGAUUUGUACGGCAACCCCUCGCCGCCGCCGCCGUCCCGAGUGAGCGGGCGCGAGUUCCCGCCGGACAACAGCACGGGCGACGACGGCACGCGGUGCGCCGGCAUCUUCCUGACGUGCCCGUCCGAGUGCCCCAGCCAGAAGCCCGGAAACCCCAACGACAAGGCUUGUGUCGUCGACUGCAAUAACCCCAAAUGCGAGCCCUCCUGCACAUCUCGUACGCCCAACUGUGACAACAAGGGCUCCGGCUGCAAAGACCCCAGGUUCGUCGGCGCCGACGGCGCCGUCUUCUACUUCCACGGCCACGCCGGCCGCCACUUUGCGCUCGUCUCCGACCCGAACCUCCAGAUCAACGCCCGUUUCGUCGGCUUCCGCCCCGCGGGCCGCCGCCGUGACUUCACCUGGAUACAGUCCCUCGGCAUCCGCUUCGGCGCCCACGCCUUUACAGUCGCCGCUGUCACCGCCCCAUCCUGGGACCCCCGAGCCGACCACCUCUCCCUCACAUUCGACGGCGCCCCCAUCAACCUCGAUCCAGGCCACCUCUCCUCCUGGACUGCCGACGGCCUCCGGGUCGAGCGGAGCGGCACCGUUAACACCCUCUUCGUUACGCUUCCGAACGUGUUUGAGAUAUCGGCGACCGUCACCCCUGUAACAAAGGAGGAUGAUCGGAUACAUAGAUAUGGAAUACCAGAGGGGGAUUGCUUUGCGCACUUGGACGUGCAGUUCAAAAUUUUCAAGCUGUCGGAGAGGGUGGAGGGAGUGCUGGGGCAGACGUACCGGCCGGAUUUCUACAGCCCGGUGAAGCAGGGGGUGCCGAUGCCGGUCAUGGGCGGGGAGGACCGCUACGAGACGUCUGCGCUGCUGUCGGCGAACUGCAGGAGCUGCGUCUUCGCGCCUGAGGUGGCCGCGGUGACGGAGGCGAUCGAGGUCAACCCGACGGUCGUGGACUGCACUAGCAAUGGACGAAGCGGGUACGCGGUGGUUUGCCGGCGGUGAUUGCCGGAGCACUGCGGCGCGAAGGUGGUAGAGUCGUCAUUUGAAUGGUUGGAUCGAUGGUGAAUAAUUAAGCUGUGUAAUGCAUAAGUUAAAAUUCGGUAGUGGGGGUACGUGGAUAGAUUAAUUAGAUCGAGUACGUUGAUGAUGAUGAUGAAUAGUGUAUUAAGUUGUUAUGGUAGUUGUUGUUUGAGUAAAAAGUACUAGAGUAGGGAAAGAACUAAU